AUGCAAGAAGACGAUGCUGAACACAAGGCUCAAACUUCCUCGAAUAACUCAUCAGAAACAUCUUUUUUUCAAGGAGUAAAACCAAAAGUCAGUGUUUCAAAUUUAAAUGGUAAUAAAAAAUUUGGAGAUUCAAGUAAAAGUAUUUCAAAUGGUUUUACUUCGCAUAAUAAGAAAACAAAUUCUGUUUACAAUGGAGCCGCAUGUUCUUCAUCAAUGUCACCUUCGUCAUCUACUUCUUUGCCAAGUACUUCAUCUUCAGUGUGUAGUAAAUCGGUUUCUGCAGGGAAAAAUGUUGUUAAAGGAAGAACUUACUCUUCAGAAGAGUAUGAUACAAAAGCGAAUGAUAAGAAAAGAAAGACUGGAAGUGUUUUAGACCAUGAAAACUUGAAUGAAAACGAAGGAGAAGAUGGAUUAUCUGAAGAUGAUUAUUGUAUAUACACCUAUAAAGGAGAUCAAUUUGCCGAUCUUCCAAAUUCUUUUUAUAGAGUUGAAAUAGGUGAUCAUGAAGGAGAAAAUCAAAAUGUAGAAGAAGAAAGGGAUGUGAAUGAGGAUAGAAGACAUUUAAGGGAAAAUAGGGAAGGCAGUAAUCCAGGAUCUUCUCCUGAAAUGGAUUAUUUAGAAAUGGAUUUCGAUCCAGGACCAUCUGCAGGUCAAGAUUCCGGAGAUGAGGUUGAUAGUUUUGAUCAAAACUCUACAAGCAAUAGUCCACUUGUUGAUGUGUGCAUGAAAAAUAAUGUUGAAAAUCAGGAGGGUGAUAAAAGUGAUAAUAGUCCGAAUAAUAUUAGCCCAGAACCGGGACCAUCUGACGAAAAUCACCUUUAUUGUUCCUCUUUUAAUGGUAGUUUGUCUAGUGCAUUCAAUUUUAAUAGAACUAAAGAAACUUUUGACAGUAAUUUUCCUGGUCUCAGUUCAUCGGAGGACAAAACUGACAAAUAUAGUGACACAGAACAUAAUAUAAAAGAUGAAAAGUUAGAAUUUAUGGAGGAUAGUUAUAAUUUAGUUAGUAGCAAAACAUUUGGAGGAAGAAGACUGGUUAAAAAAUAUUUAUUGACUGAGAGUAAAGAUUCGAAUAUUUUUAAAAAAAAUGAAAGUGUUUGUGAUUAUAAAAAGUCAUUGGAUAGCAUAAUGCUUUGGACCGAACAAGAAGCCAUUACAAAACAAGUGAAUUUGAUGUCAUCCGAAGUUUCUUGUGGUGCAACAGCCAUCAUUAACUUAAUGCUCGUUUUGAAAAUGCAACUUUCUAUUGAGAAAAUAAAAGAAGGCAUUUCCACUCGUUUGAAAUCAGACACAACUUCCAUACCCCAGUUUUUAAUUUCGAGUUCUUUCAAUGGUGCAGCCUACGAAAAUCUCAUUAAAGGAAUCCAACAUGCUUCUAACGGUUCUCUUUAUGGGAAAUUUUUUCAAUUGUAUCCCAGAAGAGAUAUUGUCUUAUCCGAAUGGUUAUCACAUUGGAUGAGAAAAGGAGCUGUUCCCAUAGCAACAAUGAAUAUUCAAAGAAAUUCAUCUUCAGAUAACAUUAUUAUUAACGACACCAGACAUCACCAAAUGAUAUUUGGAGUUAAUUCCAAAGGAAUUUAUUUAACGAAUCCUUUAGAGUGUGUACAGGACGAGGAAUUGUGGAAUAGAAUUACGAGUCCAUCUGUACUCUACAUAAGACGACAAGAAAUCAUUUCUAGAUGGUCACCCGAAACGGAUUUAAAACCUUUAAUGUGCCAGAGUGACAGUCGAUGGAAAACAAUGAAUGUUUUAGGUAGUCAAUGGCAGUCUGUUAACUGA